AUGGACAACAAUUCCCAUGUCCAACCGGUCCGUCGGAGACUGGAAUCCGAGCAGGCCGACCCGCCACAGUCGGAAAUUUCAAUGUCUGUGGUGACAGAUGAUACGAGGCUCUUUUCGGUGCGUCGACGGCCGACACUUUAUGCACUCAAUGAGAAUAAGAGUAUUUGGUGCUGCCCGAUAAAUGUCGAGCCCAUUCUCUUUCUCGUCACGUGCGGAUUUGGUCUCAUGGCCACCAACAACUCUCUCUUCACCUACUGGGCAAGAUGUGUUCAGAUAGCUCAAGAGCACAAAGAGCUCUCUCACAAUGCCACGUACACGUGUGCUUCGAUAGCCACGUAUAACGGAACAUUGCAAGAUGACGUGGAGAAGGAUAUAGCUAACACGAAGAUUUAUUUGCAGAUCUUCGGCACAAUCCCCACUCUAAUCGUCUCUCCACUAAUUGGAAAUUGGUCGGAUAAAAACGGAAGAAAACCACCACUUCUGUUCUCCCUAUUCGGUUUGGUCCUCAAUAACUUUCUACUUCUGUGUGCCACUCUUACCUACGAGUCCAUCAAUGUCUACUACUGGUUUUUUGUCUCUGAAGUGUUACUCGGGUUGUUUGGAGGCGGAGCUGCCACGUUUUCAACAACUCUUGCGAUUGUUACGGAUGAUUGUAGGCACAAGUUGAAACCGGGCUCCUCAACCGUUCCCUUCCGUGUCGGUUUGGCCUCCUUCAUCCAAUCGAUCGGAAUGCUCAGUGGAACUCUCAUCGUUUCAAUUCUAGCAGUUCCAGCUAUCAUCUCAGUGGAACGACACGCAUUGAGCUACACGAAAUGCGCAUUUAUACAGACUGGAUUGUCACUGAUCGCUUUGAUCUACGCGAUCUUCUUCGUCAGAGAGACACAUUUUCCGAAACGAGAAGAUUUCAGUUAUAAUCAAUUUGAUGACAACGAGGAGGGGGUUAUGGAUGAAGAGGAAUUGCCUCCGAAGCCCAGAGGAAUCCGUCAAUUGACCACGUAUCUGGAGAAUGUGUUUGGUGUUUUGACGGUUAGACGACCCGGAUGGACGCGGUUGUGUCUUUGUGUCUCGUUGGCAUUCGUUUUUAUCGAGUUUUUGUCGUUUGACCCAGCACUCCUGCUCCUCCUCGUCAAACGUCUCCCAUUCGCGUGGAACGACAAACUCUUCAGUUAUUUCACCGUGACACGUGGCUUGGUCAGCUCACUCGGAAUGGUUCUCUGCCCGAUUCUUCUUACUUUUUGUCAUUGGCUCGGCAAGGAUUCGCUGUUAAUUAUUGCAGCGUUGGCAUCCUCCGCAGCGACUUCAUUUCUCACCGCAUUUGCUACACGGACUGAGCAUAUCUUCUACACUUGCGCGUUCGGUUUGAUCAUGGGCGGUAUGCAACCAGCGUACCGUUCGUUUUUGCCGAGAAUGGUGGCGAAAGAAGAGACGGCGCGUCUUCUCACUGUGGUCUCUAUUAUCAUCUCGUUCUCACCGAUUCUCUCCUCACUGAUAUUCAAUAACAUUUUCAAUGCGACACUGACUUGGUGGCCUGGAUUCGCGUUUUUUGUUUCCGGAUGUUUCCAGUCAAGCGUUUUUAUCGGGCAGAUAAUAAUCCACAUGCUAAUGCGUCCCCAAUGGGCGCUCGACAAGCAGCUGCGUGCUCGUCGUCUCGACGAAUCCGACUCCCCACCUGACACGUCGGAUUUCCGUGUGGUGGGGGUACCCGAUGUAGAGGAGAGAAGCAUCUCGAAUACCGCAGUGGAUUCGGAUAGCGGGUCGAGGCGGGAAAUUUGA